UUUGGCUCUCUCCCUUUCGUCUCUCUCUCUCUCACUCACGAAUUUGCCUCUCCCUUAGCUGAAUUAACAGAGAACCAACAAAAUGGCAGCAGCAGCAGCAUCACUAUUCCGCUUCACUCUCCUUCUCCUCCUCCUCUCCACCGCCGCCACCAACAGCAGUAGCAAAACAAUCUCCCUCUCUCCCACACCCUCUCCCACUUCCUCUCCAACUCCAACAACACCAACUCCAACUCCAACUCCAACGACAUCGUCUCCAUCUUCUUCUUCUUCGCCCUGCACGCUUGACCCAAAGCAGCUGAGAGCCCUUCAGUCCCUUAACAUCCCAACUGCCAAGGACCCUUGCCAGAGCAAGAACAACGCCACCCUCUGCGACUCCUCCAAGCCCUUUCGCCACCUCCUCUCCCUCUCCCUCACCAACUGCUCCCCAAACGACGCCGCUCUCUCCUUCAUUGCCCUCAAGUCCCUCUCCUCCCUCCACUCCCUCUCUUUCCUCAACUGCUCCAUCUCCCCCGUUCACUUCCCUCCCGAACUCUCCUCCUCUCUCCGAUCCUUCACCUGCAUCCACUCACUCAAAACACUCACCGGCUUUUGGCUCUCUCACCUCCAUAACCUCAUCGACCUCACUGUCUCUGCCACUCCCAUCAAUGCUUCUGGCCUUUAUGUCAUUCUCGGCAACAUGAAGAAGCUUAAUUCCAUAACCAUCUCCUACGCCAAUCUUAUCGGUUAUAUUACUAAACACUUGAAUCUCAACCUUACCAACAUCGAUCUUUCCAGUAAUAUGCUCAGGGGAAAGAUACCCAAUUCCAUUACGCUUCUUGAAGAUCUCGAUUUCUUGAAUCUUUUGUCAAAUGCUCUUGUUGGUGAAAUACCCAACUCCAUUAUCUUGGUUUAUCUUAUCUUGGCAUCCUCAACUGAAUUAACAUAG